UAGCCGAAAUCACAAACGCUGGCUCAGGAAGAACAGCCCUGACCCCUCAGACCCUGACCAAGGGAGGGAAGGACACUGCUGAAGACACGCGAGGGUGACGCCGUUGCAGCUAACAGAGCAGGGAAUAGGAUGGCACGGCUAGGUGUCAGCGGAGUAAAGGAAUAGGGAGUAGUUCUCCAACAGGACCCCGUCGGGCCUCUCGGAGCAACCAUACAGAGUCCGUCCUGCUGUCCAGCUAACCUACGGCUACCCGGGGCCUGGCACCUCUCUGCGCCUCAGCGGGACAAAUAGCACAUGAUCCCAGCUCUAGCGUUCAGCCGGCGCCCGCCGGGCGGUGCAAACGGGACCCCGGCUCCCCGCCCCCCAGCCCAGCACAUUCCUCCGCGGGCGUCCCUUCCCUUCCCCCAACCCCCAGCUCUCACCUCGUCGCUGCGGGGCUCCGGGAGCAGCUCCGCGGAGUGCAAAGGGACAAACUUUCCGGGAAGCGUGAGACGGGAGCGGGGAAGAUCGGGAGCCGGUUCGGGGCUGCCCCCGCCCCUCGCCGGGUCCCCGGGCGGCGGGCGGCGGACUUGCGCCCCGGGGGCGGCAGCAGAAGCGGCGCCAGCGGCCGGCGCCCGCCCGGGCAGCGCGAGCUGGGGAGGGAGCGAGGGGCGGGGGACGGGCGGGGGAUGGGCGGGCGCGCGCACGCUGUCCCAAGAAGAGGCCAGGAGCCACCCGUCUACUCUUGUUAAAGGGACAAUGUUCCCGGACCGUGGGCCCUCCGGGCGGGGACCUGAAAACCAAAUUACUAACACAGAAGGGAUAGCCAAACUUCGAGACUUUGGAAAUUACCGGCUCCUGAGGAGCCGGGAAAGGUGUAGGCGGUCCGCAGAAGGAACCCAGGCCCCGGACCCGCGCACGUCGCCACCUCGGAGGCGCGCCCGGCGGGACAGGGGCGCGCCGGGGAGGCGGAACCGCGUGUUAGGCUCCUCCCCCGGGAGGCGGCUCAGCUGAGGCCCCGCCCCCAAGCGCGGGGUGCGCGCAGGCUCCUCCCUCGGCCUGGAUCCCGGCGUCUCCCUUCCUCCCAGUUCUGCCUGUAGUUCUAGAAUUCGCGGCUCAUCUUCCUCAGGUGCUGUGGCCAAGUACGGGCGCCGGCGCCGGCGUCGGCAGAGCCAUCGCUGUUCUCUCCUGGUCCUCAAGUUUGGCUGUCCGGGACCUCCCGGACGCCACCUCAGGCGGUGGUGCCGUCUGUGGCUGCAGAUACCUUCCCAGACGCAAACAACCUCUCCUGACUCAGCCUGGCCACUUCAGGGCCCAGACUGCCCCUCAGGCAUGGGCCCACCACGUCAGGUCCAGAGGGAUUCUUAGGCCCCACGAUUAUACCUUCCGGCCUAGCAGUGCCCGAAGGUUCAGCCAAGACCCUGUCCACCUACCUAGGGACCCUGUAGCUCCUCAGGCCUGGGACCUUACUUCCAGGGAGGUAGAGGCUACUCUACUACCCAACUGUUAGGCUACUGACUCCUCAGUUCCUCAUCCACCCUCUCAGGCUUGGGUUGCCCUCCAAGGCCUUGCCUACCGCUGGGUCAACUGUUCAAGACUCCUGUCUGCCUAUUCCCACCCUCACCCCCACCCCUGCCCUGGUACUCGGGAUUGAACCCAGGGGUGCUCUUCCACAGAGCUACAUCCCAGCCCUUUGUAUUUUUUUAUUUUGAGACAGGGUCUGGCUAAAUUGCCCAGGUU